GAAAGCUAAAUUACAUAAAUUGAGGUCCAAAUGAAUGGUUUUGGGUUUUAUUUUAUUUCAUUAUGGGACGAUCGACCGCGCCCUCCAUCAUUGGCAACUCUUCACCUCGCCACAAGAAUGAGCUUUGGUGAAACAGUUCUCACUUCGAUCGAUUGUCAUACGAACAGGCCAACUAACAAGAGCACACUUCAUCAAUUCUAUUGUAUGAUUGAUUGAUUGGUACUUUACACAAGAGAACUCAGAAAACAAAAGCAGCAGCAACCAUGUCGUCAAGACCAACAUCCACAGGCGGAAAGCCACCUCUGUACAAGAUUGUCAUGCUAGGAGACUCUGGUGUAGGCAAAACGAGUCUCGUGGCGCGGUUGACAAAUCCAGAUCGACCUUUGAACCACGAUAUUUCGGCCACCAUGGGCAUUGAGUUUGACACUCAAAUGCUGGACACAGAGCAUGGAAAAGUAAAAGCGCAAAUCUGGGAUACUGCCGGACAAGAAAGGUUCGCUCGCGUGCUACUUCCCACCUAUUUUCGCAAGGCAAAGGGAGUGAUUCUGGUGUAUGAUAUUUCCAAUGCCAAGUCCUUUGAAUCGCUCUCGGAACGCUGGAUGGCCCAGCUCAAUGACCAUGCUUCCAGUGAUGAUCUUGCAAAGCUUCUAGUAGGAAAUAAGAGUGAUUUAGAAGCGUCUCGUGAAGUCACUCAAGAAAAGGCCGAACAGUUCUGCCAAGAGUACGGUAUGGAGAUGCUGGAGACGUCUGCCAAGAGCGGGGAGAAUGUAUUGAAGGCAUUUGAAAAGCUGAUUGGUAUUGUGCAUGAUCGAGCACUUGCUGCCUCAAAGAACAAGACAGGGAUCAAAGGCAUCAAUGGAAGCCAACAGAACACUGUCAAAUUAGAUGAUCACAACGGGGCACAGGAUGCAUCCUCUGGGGAUGCAAGUGCAUGUGGCUGCUAAGGAAAAAAUGCAGGCCAAAUGAACCAACCCACGCGCCCAACACUCUUCUUCUUACAGUACUGACGAAUCGAAUCACCUGCGUAGCCGCUCCAGUGCAAGCCACCCCAGCGCUCAGAGAUUGAUCAUUCCGACGGACAACGAACCAAAUUCCUCCUUCAACCAUUUUAGGGACAGCAUAUUCUUCUCUGAUCUAAAUGAAGCAUGUAUUUAGUACAAUUACAAUAAAGUAUUGACAUUCCGUGUUUUCGAUUC